AUGGCGGUUGGUGGCCUUCAAGCUGUCCGGGAUGCUUUAAUUUUUGCCUAUGCUGAAAACCUAAUAGACGACGAGGAAUUUGCGUUGCUGUACGACCACAAUCGAUCGAAACCGCUUUUUCAGUACUGGAAAUUUGAUGAGUUCAACUUGGACACUUGGAGCGACGUUGAAUGUGAAACUGAGCUACGGUGUGAGAAAAAAGAUUUGGCGUCACUUAAGCAAUCUUUACAAAUCCCAGAGGAACUCGUUUGCCAGCAAGGGACGGUCUGUACUGGCAUGGAAGGAUUGUGCAUUCUCCUGAAAAGCUUGGCAUAUCCUUGUCGGUACACAGACAUGGCACAUCGGUUUGGGCGAAGUCCGUCUGACUUAUGUCUCAUUUUCAACCUAGUGCUGGAUAUUGUUCAUGAAACCCACUACCAUCGCCUGGAGAGUUGGGAUCAGCCUUUCCUCACCCCUGACCAGCUUUACACCUAUGCCCAAGCAGUGCAUGAACAUGGUGCCUCUUUACAAAACUGCUUUGGGUUUGUGGAUGGGACUGUAAGACCGAUAGCCCGACCUAAAUACCACCAGCGAAUCAUGUACAAUGGCCAUAAAAAGGUACAUGCUAUCAAAUUCCAGAGCAUUGUACUCCCAAAUGGUAUUAUUGGUAAUCUUUCUGGCCCAUAUGAAGAGAGACGUCAUGAUAGCACCUUGCUGCAUGAGUCUGGUGUUUUGCCCAACCUAAGACGCAUCGCCUUCUACAAUAAUGAGCCACUAUGCCUUUAUGGUGACCUAGCUUAUCCUUUGGGAGUACACCUUCAAGGACCAUUCAUGGAACCACACCUAACUCCAGAAAUGCAAGAGUAUAACAGAUCAAUGAGCGAUCUCAGAGUGGCUGUAGAGUGGAUGUUUGGAAACAUCACCAAAUAUUUUAGUUUUGUUGACUUUAAAAGGCAAAUGAAAAUUAAUUUAAGUGCUAUUGGGAAAACAUAUGUUAUUUGUGCUUUGCUUGAGAAUGCUCAUACCUGCCUUUAUGGUAACAUUGUUUCAACUUAUUUUGGACUUCCACCACCUUCUUUGCAUGUAUAUUUCUGGUGA